GCUGCUGCUGAGAUCGGUCUCUCCUUGGGAAGAGGAAGUCGGCGGCUGGGAGGGAAGGAAGGAGCAGUGGGCAGCUCGCGUCCUCAGGUGAUCUCCAUCGUGGAACACUUAGACACUGCUGACUGUUCUAGUUCUGAAACUAUGGAAGCCACAAGCAUGUUGCCCAUACUGAAGAAAAGGCUAGCCUUUCUCUCAGGUGGCAAAGACAGAAGAAGUGGCCUUAUCCUAACAAUUCCAUUAUGUUCAGAGCAAACAAACAUGGAUGAGCUAAGUGUCACUUUGGAUUACUUGCUCAGCAUUCCAAGUGAUAAGUGUAAAGCCAGAGGCUUUACAGUUAUAGUGGAUGGCCGGAAAUCUCAAUGGAAUGUAGUGAAGACGGUUGUGCUGAUGCUGCAGAAUGUGAUUCCUGCUGAGGUGUCCUUAGUCUGUGUGGUGAAACCAGAUGAAUUCUGGGACAAGAAAGUGACUCAUUUUUGCUUUUGGAAGGAGAAAGAUAGACUUGGAUUUGAGGUAAUUUUGGUGUCUGCCAACAAGCUUACACGUUAUAUUGAACCAUGCCAGUUAACAGAAGAAUUUGGAGGUUCACUUUUGUAUGAUCACAUCGACUGGCUGAAUAAAAGACUGGUCUUUGAAAAAUUCACAAAGGAAUCAACAUCAUUGCUAGAUGAGCUGGCUCUAAUUAAUAAUGGAUCUGAGAGGGGCAAUCCACAGGAGAAAGAAAGGCCUAUGGAAUACAGUUUUCUUCCUUCCGUGGAUCCAGAAACAGUUUUACAAACAGGUCAUGAACUCCUAUCAGAAUUGCAACAGCGCCGCUUUAAUGGGUUAGAAGGAGGUAUGUCAUGGUCCCCAAUGGACGACGAAUUGUUAGCUCAGCCCAAAGUAGUGAAACUACUGGAUUCUCUACGAGAACAAUAUACUAGAUACCAAGAAGUCUGCAGACAGCGUAGUAAACGUACACAACUAGAGGAAAUACAGCAAAAAGUUAUGCAGGUUGUGAACUGGUUGGAAGGACCUGGGUCAGAACAACUGAGGACUCAGUGGGGAAUAGGGGAUUCGAUUCGAGCUUCCCAAGCUUUGCAACAAAAACAUGAGGAAAUUGAAAGCCAGCACAGUGAAUGGUUUGCAGUGUAUGUGGAACUUAAUCAGCAGAUUGCAGCAUUGUUGAAUGCAGGGGACGAGGAGGAUUUGCUUGAACUAAAAGCCCUGCAACAGCAGCUCAGUGAUGUUUGCUAUCGCCAGGCCAGUCAACUGGAGUUCAGACAAAAUGUGCUGCAGACAGCUCUUGAAUUCCAUGGUAUUGCUCAGGAUUUGUCCCAGCAGUUGGAUGGAUUACUUGGGAUGCUUUGUGCUGACGUGGCACCAGCUGAUGGAACUGCUAUUCAACAAACGUUAAAGCUUCUAGAAGAGAAGCUAAAGAGUGUUGAUACUGCUUUACAGAAUUUACAGGAAAAAGGUCAAGGUCUUUUAGACCAGAUGACAUCCCAGGCUCAGUGGACAUUUGGAAAGGAUGUUUCCAUUGAAAAUAAAGACAAUAUAGAACAUGUUCAAGGACUAAUGGAAGAUAUGCAACUUCGGAAACAAAGAUGUGAAGAUAUGGUGGAUGUCCGGAGACUGAAAAUGCUUCAGAUGGUGCAGCUAUUCAAAUGUGAAGAAGAUGCAGCACAGGCAGUUGAAUGGCUAAAUGAACUAUUGGAUGCCCUCCUGAAAACUCAUAUCAGACUAGGAGAUGAUGCACAGGAAGCCAAAGUUCUCCUGGAAAAGCACCGUAAAUUUAUUGAUGUUGCGCAGAGCACCUAUGAUUAUGGAAGACAGUUGCUACAGGCUACAGUGGUGCUGUGUCAGUCUCUCCGGUGCACCACAAGGUCAUCAGGCGAGACACUACCAAGACUGAACCGAGUCUGGAAACAGUUUACUGUGACAUCAGAAGAACGGAUUCACAGACUGAACUUGGCUUGUGCAUUUAACUUGGCUGCUGAAAAGAUACUGAAGGAUUACUCACAACUGGAGGAGCACACUGAAGCCUGGAAGGAGUUUCUGGAAAGAUUUGAUGAAGUUGAAGUCACUGGAAAAUCACUAUUAGACAGAUUAACAGUGCCUGUGAUUUAUCCUGAUGGAUCUGAGCAGUACUUUGGAAGCCCAAGUGACAUGGCCUCUACAGCAGAACAUAUCCGAGAAAAGAUGCGACUGGUUAGCCAAAAGAAGCCACAGAUGCCAGAACAUGUUCCAAAGGACAGUUAAUGGAUCAGCCUUUUUAGUGUAUGGUCAAAAGCAAGACUGGAAUCACCUCCUCAGCAUACCAUUGAGAUAACAGAAAUUUGUUUUGCAUAUGAUGGAACUAUUUACACUGGAAAAUGUGUUUGCAUUCCAAGUGUGCGUAAACUGUGAAAUUUUGAUAAUGGACUUUGAAGCAAUUUUUGAGUACAACAUGAGCAGUUUUACUUUGGAAAAAUAAGCCUGAUAUCCUAUCUGUGCAUUAUAUGUGUAGAAUUAUUGCAGAAAUACAUUCUGCAAGUGAGAGAAAUGGACUCCACUCCAUGCAUAUUCUGCACAGCUUGCAUUUGAAUACAGGCCAUUGUCAGCUUUGACUGUAGAAGCCAUAUUGACUAAUUAACGUUGCUGCAAUGAUAUUAAGAUCUGACAAUAACGUAAUAUUGGAAUUGAAAGCAUUGCACUGAAUUGAGUUCUUACCCCUAGAGCUUUUCAGUCCUGUCAACUGUUAAGUUUAGUGGUUGGUACAAAAGCUUAAUGGUGCUACAAAAUAUUUUAGAAUGUCCAUGGACUAAGCAGUCCUUUUUACUGUUCUUAGACAGAUGCUGUGGUACUUUUCUGCUUUUAUUAUAUCUGUUCGUAGAUGUUGAUAAAAUAUUUCUCUUGCAGUUAAUGUUUUUUUUUAAUUUGCAGCUUUAAAUUGUGCCAAUAUGAAAUGUACAUUUCAAUGCCUUUGCUAUAAUUUCUUUGUUUUUCAAUACCUAAUCUGUUUUACAUAUUACAGCAAUUACAUAUUAAAUGAUAUUUGAUGAUAAGGAGCUUUAAAAUACAGAUAAAUGACUAUGUUUUGACAGCGCAACAUUUCAAGUUGCAAUUUUGCAUUGGAAAGUAAUGGUUCUCAUCCUUGCAAAAUAAAAUGCAAUAUGUACACAAAGUAUCACUGACAUUUGUUUCCCUCAAGAUGGUAUGAAAAAAAAAUUGAAAGCCCAAGGGACGGUGAUUACUUUUCCAUUCAUUCAGGGAAGGUAGUGUCACUGGCCGCAGUGUUUAUUGUCCUUAAGAAGAUGGUAGUGAGUUAGCUUCUGAAUUGCUGUCAUCAUCGGGGUAUAGGUGCAUCCAGUAUGUCUGUUAGCAAAGGGAGUUCCAGAAUUUUGACCUGGUGACAGUGAAGCAAUAAUGAUAUAGUUCUAACUCCAGAUAGAGUAUGAUUUGGAAAAUACUUUACAGGUGAUGACAACCCCAUAAAUCUGCUGACUUUGACCUCUUAGAUGUUAGGGAUGUGGGUUUGGAAGGAGCUGUGGUGAGUGUCUACUGCUGGCUUUAAAAGAGUGUACAUAAAUUACUGGAAAAGCUCAGCAGGGCUGGCAGCACCUGUGAAGAGAAAUCAGAGUUAAUGUAUCAGGCCUGGUUGCCCUUCCUCAGUGUGUUGGUUAAUCAAGAAGUGAUAUCAAGCUUGGGUUUAAUGGUAGAAAGCUAGAAAGAUUAAUGGAGGUAAGAAAAAAUCAGAAACGUAAAAUAUAGGCAUAUAUCUAAGACAUGAAGCUGAAACUGAAAUUGUGAUUUCAUUUCAACAAUAUGGAUGUGAAUACAGGAGUAUCCAUAGGAGUGUAGGUGCAUAGUUCCUUGAAAGUAAAGUCUCAGGUAGACAGGGCGGUGAAGAAGGCAUUUGCCAUGCUUUCCUUCAUUGUUCAGAGCCUUGAGUGUACGAUUUGGGAGGUCAUGUUGCAGCUGUAGAGGACAUUGAUGAGGCCACUUUUAGAGUACUGCAUACGUUUCUAGUAUUGUUGCCCUUCUAUAGGAAGGAUGUUAAACUUGAAAUUGUUCAGAAAAGAUUUGUUCAGAAGUGCACCUUCUCUGCCACUGUUACGUUGUAUUCCUUGCGCUGUUUUAUUAUUCACUUUAUACGGUAUGAUCUGCCUGUGCUGCAUGCAAAGCCUAGGUACAAGUGGCAACAAUAAAUCAAAUCAAAACUUUGAUGAAGCUCCAGAAAAUACAAUACAAUAGUUAGAGAUGCUGAUAAAGAAGGCAAAUGGAUUACAGCCUUUUCCAGGCUUUUGAGGCUUUCUGUCGGAAGUUACGAAAGUCACAUAUUUAGUUUUCAUGGUCAGAAUAGAUCUUUUCUUCAAUAGAGGAUCUAUUUUAGGCCAUAAGAUCAUUAGACGUUGGAGCUGAAGUGACCCAUUAUGCCCAUCAAGUUUGUUUUGCCUUAUUAUGGCUGGUCUGAUCAUUCUCAACUCCACUUUCCUGCUAUACACCCAUAACCCUUGAUUCCCAUACGGAUUAAAAAUCUGCCUUGCAUUGUUUGUACAAUAUUUCACGCACUUUUUUUUACAUUGAUACUUAAGGAUCUUGCUGAGAUUUCAGGCUUUUUUAACAUUUCAGAAAAUAUGGAUGUGUUAUUCAGCCUUGAUUAAUCACACGAGUCUUUACUGUAAUUAUAACCUUCCAUUGUUAAACUGACAAGGUUCUUAAAUAUAAGACCAAUGUAAAAGUGAUACUUUGGAGGUGCUGGAAUUGAUAGAAUGAAGAGUUCCCUGUACAAGUUAAGGAAACAGGGAACAAAAGUCAUAGGUUCUCCUUUCACAGGAAAUACUCAAUUGCGGAUGAGGUAAGACUAACACCUUUCAGUCCUCAAGAACACAUUAAUGAUAUCUCUGAAAGAAAAAAUGAUGCUGUAAGAGUAAAUUAUUCAUGAAAAUAAUGUGGAAAUCUGCAAUGGCCCAAGAGCAUAGCUAAUUGCCCCUGUGAAAUUAGAAAGGAUUUUGUAAUUGAGAUCUUUUGAAUAAUUGCCAGUUUUUACUUUUUUUUGCCUUCUCUAGGACAUGCAGAGUUGGUGUACAUAUGCAACAUCAAAGGAUGUGUCGUACCAAUGGACCUGAUGGCCUUUCUCUUACCUUGUAUGCGAAAGAUAACAACAUCCCUUUAUUCUAAUUGUUUCUUUUCUCCCUACACAUUCCUUCUUCACUUUGUGCUUCAUAGAGAUACAUCCAUUUGUUCAGAUGCAUUAUUGACCUGACAUAAAUGUCAUUACAGGAAAAUUGUCACACUGUUGUUUUUGACCUUUCCUUAUCUUUGUUUAUUGCAAGUCCAUACUGACAUUCCAGAGUGCAGUGAAAAUAGUUAUUAUCAGUACUGCAUUGCUCCUUACUGAAGUGUCACAGAAUGUUUUCUGGAGCCUUCCUGGAAUGCAGACA